AAUUGCACAGAAAGUGAGAGAUGAGAAGAUAAGAGUCAAGUCAAGCUGUGUUGAUAUUUGUCUGUUUUUCCAUUCCAAGUUCUGCUGUUAACAAUGGCGAAGAUCACCCUUCAUUCGGAAUGGCUUGCAGCUAGCUCCACCCAGGUUCAUUUCACAGGCACUCAACUCACCACCACGCACCCUCCUUCUCCUUCCAACCAACCAUGGAUGGAAGCCAUUGUCCCUGGAACUGUUCUUGCAACCUUGGUGAAAAACAAAGUGGUGCCUGAUCCUUUUUAUGGACUAGGAAAUGAGGCAAUCUUCGAUAUUGCUGACUCUGGAAGAGAGUAUUACACCUUCUGGUUCUUUACAACCUUCCAGUGUAAGCUGUCAGGGAAUCAGCACUGUGAUCUGAACUUCCGAGGAGUGAAUUACUCUGCUGAUGUUUAUUUAAAUGGGCACAAGAUGGUACUUCCGAAAGGAAUGUUUCGGAGACAUUCUCUUGAUGUCACUGAUGUUGUUCAUUCUGAUGGUAGUAACCUGCUUGCGGUUCUUGUUCACCCUCCGGAUCAUCCUGGGAGCAUUCCUCCACAGGGAGGACAAGGUGGUGAUCACGAGAUAGGAAAGGAUGUGGCCACACAAUAUGUUCAAGGUUGGGAUUGGAUGACUCCCAUAAGAGAUAGGAAUACCGGAAUAUGGGAUGAGGUUUCCAUUUCUAUUACUGGGCCAGUAAAAAUAAUUGAUCCGCACUUGGUGUCAUCGUUCUUUGACAACUAUAAGAGAGUAUAUCUACAUGCCACAACUGAGUUGGAAAACAAGAGCUCUUUGACUGCAGAGUGUUCUUUGAGUAUCCAUGUGACAACAGAACUCGAAGGGGGCAUUCACUCAGUAGAGCAGCUUCAAACUCAAAAUCUUUCAAUUCCUCCAACAUCAAGGGUGCAAUAUACAUUUCCUGAGCUCUUCUUCUACAAGCCCAAUUUAUGGUGGCCGAAUGGAAUGGGGAAGCAAUCUUUGUACAACGUUAUUAUUAGCAUUGAUGUAAAAGGAUAUGGUGAAUCUGAUUCAUGGAGCCAUCACUUUGGAUUCCGCAAAAUUGAAAGCAAUAUUGAUGGUGCUACUGGUGGAAGAUUGUUCAAAGUUAACGGAGAACCAAUUUUUAUACGAGGGGGAAACUGGAUAUUGUCUGAUGGGCUACUGCGACUUUCGAAAAAGCGAUACCAAACAGAUAUCAAGUUUCACGCAGAUAUGAAUUUUAACAUGAUUCGUUGCUGGGGUGGUGGCCUCACUGAAAGGCCAGAGUUUUAUCAUUACUGUGAUUAUUAUGGUCUUCUGGUAUGGCAGGAAUUCUGGAUUACUGGGGAUGUGGAUGGACGUGGUAUCCCAGUAUCAAAUCCAAAUGGUCCCCUGGAUCAUGACCUUUUCUUGUUUUGUGCAAGGGACACGGUCAAGCUUCUGAGAAAUCAUCCCAGUCUUGCCCUCUGGGUGGGUGGAAAUGAACAAACUCCACCAGAUGAUAUAAAUAUGGCGAUGAAAAAUUAUCUGAAACUUCAUCCUUAUUUCAGACAUGCAGAAGAAAAGGAAAAAACUGUAGGUGCCUUGUCCGAAAGGUUAGGGGAUCCUAGCCAAUAUCUAGAUGGCACACGGAUUUACAUACAAGGAUCGUUAUGGGAUGGGUUUGCAGAUGGGAAAGGGGGAUUCACUGAUGGACCUUAUGAAAUUCAAAAUCCUGAAGAUUUUUUCAAGGAUGAUUUUUAUAACUAUGGAUUCAACCCUGAGGUUGGCUCUGUAGGAAUGCCAGUUGCUGCUACCAUAAGAGCAACAAUGCCUUCAGAAGGAUGGCAAAUACCACUGUUUAGGAAACUUUCCAGUGGUUAUGUAGAAGAAGUUCCUAAUCCAUUGUGGAAAUACCAUAAAUACAUUCCAUAUUCAAAUCCAACCAAGAAGGUUCAUGAUCAAAUUCAGCUUUAUGGUGAUGUGAAAGAUCUUGAUGAUUUUUGUUUGAAGGCUCAACUAGUUAACUACAUACAAUAUAGAGCUCUUCUGGAAGGAUGGACUUCUCACAUGUGGAAAAAAUAUACAGGAGUCUUAAUUUGGAAGACACAAAAUCCUUGGACUGGUCUUAGAGGCCAAUUUUAUGAUCAUCUUCUUGACCAAACGGCAGGUUUCUUUGGUUGUCGAUGCGCUGCAGAGCCAAUUCAUGUGCAGCUUAAUCUGGCUACAUAUUUUAUAGAGGUGGUGAAUACUACAUCAGAAGAAUUGUCUAAUGUAGCUAUGGAAGUUUCAGUAUGGGACCUCGAAGGCACAUGUCCACACUACAAAGUUCAUGAAAAUCUCACUGCACUGCCAAAAAAUGUAACACCUAUCGUUGAGAUGAAGUAUCCUAAGUCAAAACAUCCUAAGCCAGUCUACUUUCUUCUUCUCAAACUCUACAACAUGUCAGAUAAUAAAAUUUUAUCUAGAAACUUUUAUUGGUUGCAUCUUCCUGGUGGAGAUUAUAAACUACUAGAGCCGUAUAGGGAAAAGAAAAUUCCCCUCAAGAUAACAUCCGAGGUUUUCAUUCAAGGAUCUACCUACAAACUUCGAAUGCAUGUGCAAAACACAUCUAAGAAACCAGAUUCUAACAGUUUGACAUUGGAGCACGGUUCAAAGGCUAAACAAAAACUGGAAACCGUAGACAGUGUCAAGGGAAAAGAGCAAGAAGCUGGUUGGUUUACAAGGAUACACAAAUGCUUUGCGGGGAAAAGUAAUGGUUUGAAGGUUUCUGAAAUUAAUGGGCAAGAUAUAGGUGUUGCAUUCUUUCUACAUUUUUCUGUCCAUGCUUCCAAUAAGGACUACAAGGAGGGGGAAGACACAAGAAUUCUCCCUGUUCAUUACUCAGAUAACUAUUUUUCACUUGUGCCAGGAGAGACCAUGACUGUUAAAAUUUCUUUUGAGGUCCCUCCAGGUGUCACUCCUGGAGUUUCUCUGCAUGGCUGGAAUUUUGACGACAAACCAUCCUUAAAGAUCUUCAGUGAUGUCACAGGCAACCUUGUGAAUUGAUCAAUUCUGAGUACUUCAAAUGCAUGAGAGACCUUAAUGAGUUUAUCACUUUUCUUCCUUUAACCUGCGAAAGCUAGCAUUCUAAUACAACAUUCGGGAAUUUCAUAUUUCCCACCUUAUGUUGCUAAGACCAAUAUUUCUAGUACUUUGCUUGUUAAAUUGUGCAAUAAAAAGCAAAGGGGAAAUUGUCUCAA